AAUUUAUUGAAACAAAAAGCUUCCGUAUCUCAAAUAUUUCUUCAAUUUCCACACUUCAAAUCGUACCAUGGAUUAAUGGUUCAACAAGCAUUCAAUAGAAUAAAUCAGAUUCAAAGCAUGGAUACUAAUAUAAGAAGACUGUUAUCAAAAGGGCUGUUAUUGAAUCGCAACGCAUUCACUGAUGUCGAGGAUGAUUAUAUACGCGGAUCAUUGAUUCUUAUGAAAGAAAUGGUAGUACGAGGCGCUAAACGAGCGAAAGAAGAUGCAAGUUUGUCUACAGAUGAAAUCUUCGCAGCACCGCUUGUUCGCUGGAUUAAUGUAGACAAGCAACACAUACACCUCACGGCCGGUAUAUACCCACCGCAUAUCGCUUGCUUCGGGAAGACAAAAGGAAGAGGAAUAUACUUCGUAGUUCUUGAGAGAGAAGCGAUAGACUGCGGAGAUUGCUCAAUACAAGCUUUAGAUGUGUUUUUUAAAUCAUUCGCUGUUUUCGGAGUUAAAGUGCCGGUUUUUGUGUAUCCGCUUUACGAAAUAUUUAAAAUUAAGAUUCAUAAAUUGGCCACACAUAGUGCACGCAACACAGUUAAUAACGUGUUAAAAGCAUUGGACAACGCUGAACGGGCAGAAGAGCUUAACCAACACACAACAUGAAAUCAGGUGUUUUUUACAACACACAACAUGAAAUCAGGUAUUUUUACACAAAAAUAAACAGAAAACUCAAUAGUCA